GUGUGGUCGCCCCCUUUCCUUAAAGGCGGCAUCCGCCUGGGUCCGAGGGUGGGGGUUUCAGGCCGAGUUUUUGCAGUGCGGCGAGCGCGCGCCCGGGCAGUCCCCAGGCUGAGACUUUUUAAAGAGCAUGUGAGCAUGACAAGUGUCUGUCCGCAACGUGUUAGAUUUUGAAACUGCCUUGCAAUCCAGUCCGGAACUCACGGCCUUAGCCCGGGGUAACAGACAUUUGCCUGGGGUGUCUGUGUCUCACCCUCCUCCCCUAACCGCCCCCACCCACCCACCGCCGUCCGGGUUGGAGGAAGAGCCCCGGGAAGGGCAGGGUGCGACGCGCCGCACCCGCGUGUCAAUGGCAGCCGCGCAUUCUGGAAGAAGUUGGUUCUUGUCCCGAAUACUUUUCCUACGGUGCCCCGCCCCUUGAAUCAGAAGCAGCUGUCUUCUCCUGCGGCUAGAGCCGGGACGGUGGAGUUUGGGGCAGCUGUCAAAAACGAGGGGGGAGCCUUUUCUUCCCCGGGGUGGAGGAGGGGGCAGCCUUUUUCCAUCUGUUGCAAUUUCCUAACCAAACGCACCCUCGCCAGCCCGAGGAAGAAAGGCCCAAAGGAGAAACCCGGGCGCCCGGCUGGUGUCGCUGCCGCCGCCGAGCGAGGGAUGCGGGCGGCGUGCGCGCAGCAGGGAGGAAGGAUCGGGUUUCUGGGCCCAGCCGCCCCUACGAGGGACGGGUGACAGCGGCCGGGGAGGCGCGGAGUGAGGCAGCGCGGCCCGAGAGCUCGGUGCUGUCCUCCCCAACUGGAAGGAGCGGGCGCCUGGGAUCCGAGCGCCUUGAUUAGCAAUAACGGCUGGAGCGCGUCCUACAAGUUACGGGAGAGUCGGUCCGGAAGGAGGACAAUCGUGUGCCCCCUGCGCCCCCGCUCCUGGCCCCUCGCGACCCCAGCAUCGCCUCGCGCUGGAAGGGGAGUUCCAGAAUGAAAAGCAAGAAAGGUGUUGUUGCAGCAUCAGGCAGUGAGACGGAGGAUGAUGACAACAUGGACAUCCCCCUGGACCUCUCCUCCUCUGCUGGUGCAGGCAAGAGAAGGCGAAGGGGCAACCUGCCCAAGGAGUCUGUUCAGAUUCUCCGCGACUGGUUGUAUGAGCACCGAUACAAUGCCUAUCCCUCAGAGCAAGAAAAAGCAUUACUGUCCCAACAAACACACCUGUCUACACUACAGGUCUGUAACUGGUUCAUCAACGCCCGCCGCAGGCUCCUCCCAGACAUGCUGAGAAAAGAUGGCAAAGAUCCAAAUCAGUUCACAAUUUCCCGCCGUGGGGCCAAGAUUUCUGAAGCGAGCUCUGUGGAGUCAGCCAUGGGCAUCAAAAACUUCAUACCAGCUCUAGAGGAGAGCCCAUUUCACUCCUGUACAGCUGGACCAAACCCAGCACUGGGGAGGCCGCUGUCGCCCAAGCCGUCGUGCCCAGGAUCAAUAUUGGCGCGUCCGUCAGUGAUCUGUCAUACCACUGUGACUGCCUUGAAAGACGUGCCUUUCCCUCUCUGCCAGCCGGUAGGUGUGGGACAGAACACAGACAGACAGCGGGUAGCGGCGGGCAGCUUCACAGACACCUCCCUCCUGUACCCCGAGGACUCAUGUAAAUCUGGACCAAGUGCAAAUCCACAGAGUGGUCUUUUCAACACUCCGCCCCCUACUCCGCCAGACCUCAACCAGGAUUUUAGUGGAUUUCAGCUUCUAGUGGAUGUUGCACUCAAACGGGCUGCGGAGAUGGAGCUUCAGGCUAAACUUACAGCUUAACCCAUUUUCAAGAAGAAAAGUUUUCACAGGUGUUAUGAUUGUCGGGGUGAUGGCAAGAGUCGAACUGCAUUAUUUUAUAUAUUUUUUUAUUAAUAUUUGCACAUGGGAUUGCUAAAGUGAAGCUUCCUGUUACUGAGAGGUCUUCAAUGGAAUACAGUCAUUCCAAGAACUGUAAACUCAAAGCUACUGUAGAAACAAAGGGUUUUCUUUUUUAAAUGUUUCUUGGUAGAGUAUUCAUAAUGUGAGAUGGUUCCCAAGAUCAUGUGAUUAUUUUUUUUCUCACUCUCUCCCCUUCCCUUUUUUGGUUCGUUUUUUUUUUUUUUUUUUUUUUUUUCAGACUGUGCAAUACUUAGAGAACCUAUAGCAUCUUCUCAUUCCCAUGUGGAACAGGAUGCCCACAUACUGUCUAAUUAAUAAAUUUUCAAUUUUUUUUUCAAACAAGUAUGAAUCUAGUUGAUUGAUGCCCUUUUUUUUCAUGAUGUAAUAAAGUAUUUUCUUUAAAAUUUA